GCAAUAAUUUGUGAAAAAAGCCAAAGAUCAACACAAGUGUUCCAGGUUAAGUCCAAGCUCUGCUUCCCUCCUCUUUCCCUUCGAAAGUGGAAAGAAAGUGAGGGUGCAAUAAUCCUUGCUGACACGGAACUACUACUACAUUGAACGCAAGAGAGGUCAAUUCUGAGUACUUAAUCUAGGCAAGUAAAAAGAAGGUAUCAGAGUUACCCUUGCUGCUCCCAUCUGAGUUUACUAUUGUUUCAGCAAUAUCUAGAUACUGUUAGGUCGAAACUCUAUCACCAUAGGAGGCAAUGAUGAGAGGUUCAACAAAAAAGGCAAUAUGCCUGUUCUAUUUCAUGUUCAUUGCAGAACUUGGAGCAAGCCUUAAUUGCACAGGAUCUUGUGGGAACCGUGGCCUUCACAUCCGAUUUCCAUUCUGGAUCAAGGAUAGGCAGCCAGAACAGUGUGGCUAUCCUGGUUUUGAUCUGUCUUGCAAUGAGAAGGGCGAUAUAGUGCUCGAGCUGCCAGCUGCAGUGAAGCUCCACAUAGAAAAGAUUGACUACGAAAAUCAAGUUAUUUAUGCAACAGAUCCCCAAGGUUGCCUUCGAAGCCAACACCCAAACUUCAAUUCGUCCGGGUUUCACAUACAGUUUAAGAUGUCCAAGGUCAAUUUUACCAUCUUCAAUUGCUCUUUAAAUAAUGCAAUAUCUCGGCGUAGGAUCGCUUGUCUCAGCACUCACCAAUAUGAUGUUCUUGCCGUUGAUUCGGAACAAUCUAUUGAUGGCAAUGAGUUACUAUUAUCUUGUACCAAGAUGUACGACCUACCUGUUCCACAUGAUAUUCGGCUGUCCUGGUCCAAUCCCAAUUGUGGAUCUUGUGAAGCAACAGGAAAACUAUGUGGAUUGAGGGAAAAUAGCAGCACUGAGCUUGAAACAGAAUGCUAUGGCUUGCCCAGACCAAAAAAAGGUGCACGGAAAAGGAAUCUGACUAUAGGUGUAACCACAGGAUCCAUCCUUUUCGGGGUUGUGGUCAUUGCAGUCUACCAAAUUUAUAGCUUCAGAAAAUCAGAAGAAGAAUAUCAGGCAAAGGUUGAAAGGUUUUUGGAUGAUUACAGAGCUAUGAACCCCACAAGAUACUCCCAUGCUGAUCUCAAAAAGAUGACAAAUCAAUUCAGGGAUGAAUUAGGGCAAGGAGCUUAUGGAACUGUGUUCAAAGGAAAGCUAACCAGUGAGAUUCCGGUGGCUGUUAAGGUUCUAAGCAAUUCAUCAGAAAAAGGAGAGGAAUUCGUAAACGAAAUGGGAACAAUGGCCAGGAUUCACCAUGUCAAUGUAGUCCGCUUGAUUGGCUUCUGUGCUGAUGGAUUUAGACGAGCUCUAGUUUACGAGUACUUGCCAAACGAUUCGCUGCAGAAGUUCAUAUCUUCAGCAAACGCAAGGAAUGUUUUCCUUGGCUGGGAAAGGCUGCAUCAUAUUGCCCUUGGAGUAGCCAAAGGGAUUGAAUAUCUUCACCAGGGUUGUGACCAAACAAUCCUCCACUUUGAUAUCAAACCACAUAAUAUCCUGCUGGACAAUGACUUCAAUCCCAAGAUUGCAGAUUUCGGUCUGGCUAAGUUGUGUUCCAAGUAUAAAAGUGCUAUUUCCAUGACAACAGCUAGGGGAACCGUCGGCUACAUAGCACCCGAAGUGUUCUCAAGAAACUUUGGGAAUGUCUCCUACAAGUCAGACGUGUACAGUUUCGGAAUGAUGGUGUUAGAAAUGGUUGGUGGAAGGAAAAAUGUUGAUGAUACAGCAGAAAAUGGUGAUCAAGUAUACUUCCCAGAAUGGAUUUAUAAUCUCUUAGAAGAAGGAGAAGACCUGCGGUUCCAAAUCGAGGAAGAAGGGGAUGCUGAAAUUGCGAAGAAGCUAGCCAUUGUGGGACUGUGGUGCAUCCAGUGGAACCCAGUGGACCGUCCUUCCAUGAAAAUUGUUGUCCAGAUGCUGGAAGGUGAAGGAGACAGGUUAAGUACACCUCCUAAUCCUCUUAGCUCCACAGCUGCAAAGAGAACGAAUACAGGUAUGCUAAGGAGGCAUCUUCAUCAAGAGUUGGCAGCCAUCUCAGAAACAGAGUAAUCAUAUAUUUUGAGGUCAUCAUUGCUUUCAAGGCUGUGAUCAAAGCAUGCAUUUGAUUGAGAAUAUGGGGAUGAAACUGUAUUUGCUUGCAAGAUUAGUUUUUAAAUUGUAUUUCUUAAACUUCAUGAUGGUGCAGUGUAUUUUCAGGACUCUUGGUGUGUGUCCUAAAAAUUUUAAAUUUGUUUUUAAAAUU